CAGAGCAAGCCAGGAAGUGUACAAAACCAACCAGGCAGAAUUGAAGAUUACGUACCGGGAAGAUCCUCUGUUGUCGAUAAAGAAGCAAAACAGUGGUGGGACGAGGUCAUGGACAUAUUUGACGGGCAAAACAUAUCAAGCACAACGUCGUUGCCGCAAGCUUCGCCGAAGGAAAAGAAAGACAUCACGUCUACUAUACUGUCGAAGUCGAACAUGGCGAAAGCGUUAAAAGAGUCUGGGUACGAAUCUGACUCGACGCUGAUCUUUCGACGUCGCGAGGAGACAGACGCGCCUCUGUCCCCCGCAGAGAGACGAGCCGCGUACAGAGACCUGCAGGCAGGAGGUGAACCGCCCAUACGAGGGUUCCGGUCACCCGCGCCAAUCCCCCCGUCGUUACGUGGAGAGCGACGUGAACAUCCACUACAGAUGUCCGGUGCGGCACGACCCGCUGCCGUUGGUGCCGGAGCGGGAGCUGGCGCGACAGCAGGCCGAGCACAUGAAGAGGCUGUACAGAGAACAAAGGCGGAACAAAUACUUACAGGAGAGAGAAAUUCAUGCAGUGGAUAUAGAUGCGUUUGACGCGUCAAUGAAGGAACUGCAGGAUAUGCAAAACCGUCGACAUCAGGACAACUUCACGCCAUCACAGAAGACCGUGGUACCUCUCAACAGAUACGAUGAAGCGGACAAAGUAAUAGCAAAGGCUUUAUACACGUUCACCGGACAGACAGCAAGGGAACUCAGUUUCAGGAAAGGAGAUAUCAUCCAUGUCAGGCGGCAGAUCGACUCCAAUUGGUAUGAAGGCGAAGUUCACGGGAAGAUUGGACUUUUUCCAUACAAUUAUGUUGAGAUCCAAAAAGGUGACACAGUCCAAACUCCGAAAAAGCCGGCAAUCGUCGAAGGUAGAGCUCGAGCCAAAUUCGAUUUCACCGCUCAAACGAAUUUAGAGCUUCCUCUGAAGAAAGGCGAAGUUGUUGUACUGACCAGGCGCAUAGAUCAGAACUGGUGGGAAGGCAGAAAUGGCGCGAAAACAGGCAUAUUCCCGGAUAGUUACGUCACAAUUUUACAAGAGCCAAGUCCGAGUAAACCUGAACUAAAGCCGAUCCUGAGCACGGACAAGCCGGCGGCGUCCCCGGCAGCGCACGGGCUCCUCAACGGCUCCGACAAGCGCAGCAUGGGCGCGCACGCGUACACGCCGCAGCACAACAGCGCCGCGCUCGCCAACGCGCCGCCCGCCACCGCGCCGCUGCCCGGUUACGUGUCGAAGCCCGCGCAGGCCAUGACCCCGUCGGAGCGCGGGUACGGGCCGCCCUCCGGCGCCGGCGUCGAUCUCAACAACACCGAGCCGCUCUAUGUCGACACCAACGCUGAGGCUGUGCCAUAUCGCGCGAUGUACAAGUACCGUCCGCAGAAUCCGGACGAGUUGGAGUUGUCGGAGGGCGACACGGUGUACGUGCUCGAGAAGUGCGACGACGGUUGGUACGUCGGCUCCAGCCAACGCACCGGACGCUUCGGGACCUUCCCCGGUAAUUACGUGGAGCGCAUCUGAUAGCGCUCGCCGUCGCUGCUGCGCCGACUGCGCCGCGCCACGCUCUGCACGCGCCGCCGUCGCUGAGCACGAUCACGCGCUCGCGCACGCACAUACGCACACCACACGACCACUGCCCAACUAACGAUAAAACUUUGCCAGUGAGUAGCCUACCGAUACUUCUAUACUUUUGUAAAAAAAUAUCUGAAUAAACAUUUCCUAUGAUUACGCCAAUGUUCGAUGUUCAAAUAUAACUAUUUAACGGUUUUCGAAAUUUCGGAAGUAGAAUUUUAUAUAAAAACCGGAAAAGAAAUCCGCUAAGUAAUUUUACUUGAAAUAUAACUAAAAUAUUGUUCAAUCGCAACCAUAUCAGUAUUUAGAUAGCAUGAUUAGUGAAAGUUGCGACAGGCCAGCGCGGCAUCUACGUCUAAUAAAAUUUAUCAACUGGCUGCAAUGGUUAAAUCUAAAGUUUAACGAUAGUUAGCGAAAGUAAUGUACGGCCUACGUCAAUGAUACCAAAAUGUGACCAUGACUUUUAUUAACAAUUUGUAAAAAUAUAUAACCUAUUGUAAACGGCCUCAUUUUAUAACAACAAUGAGAAAUGAAACAUCAGUUUUCUGUAGCUUUGUGUUGACCUCAAUGAUCUUGUUGACCAAAGUACACGCCUGCAUCAAUCAUACUCAUUUAUACAUACGAAAUGUUUAACAAUAGUCAGUAGAUAUCAUUAUAAUCAUCGGUGUACCCUUGUUCACUCGUAUCAAUGUAGUUAUGUACUCACUUGUCGGUGUUACCUAUCCAAAGUUGUGCUGCGUCCCAAAGAAUAUCAUUAUCUGAUAUAUUGUAUAAUUGUAUAAAUAUAUAUGAGAAUGCUUAUAAAUGUAAAAUUAGAUAUAGUUAUUUAUUUAAAACGUAGGUAUGAACAGUUUUCGGCUCGUCUUUUAAAAAUGAUAUUUUAAAAGAAAGCAGCCGGGCACACGGACUAAUAAUAAAUACUAACCAAUUUUCAAUAGUAAUGACGUACAUAUAUAUUCUAGCGGGGUAGGCAAAGAGGGUGGCUGACAUCUAUUUCCGUUUUAGUUAAAAACUUCAAAAAUAAUAACUAAACUAAUAGACACGACUGUAUUUUUUUAUAACAGGAAUGAAAAACCUAAGUAAAAUGUGUUAUGUAAGGUAAACAUUUUCUAUUGUAACUCGUAAUAUGUAAGCUAUAAAAACAGGUACCAUUUAACAAAUAACGUAUUAAUUUAAUUAAAGUGUCAACUACCCUCAUAAAGUAAUUUUACUCUAAAAUCCAUGAAGGGAGCAACAAAACUAGCAUCUCUAACUGAUGGUACGGCCACCCUGCCUACACGUCUCCAUAGCGAGGUUACAUAUCUGCAAAAGUCAAACUUUGGCAUAACACACACAUAUUAGGGGAUAACAAAGUUUUGAUAUUUUGUGAACAUUGGCUACGGCAUCUACCACGUAGUAUAAGGACUUCAAUGUAUGAGUAUUAGUUACCGCGUCAACAGUAAUGUAACCAUAUAUAUGUAGAUGCAUAGAUAAUACUCAGACGACUACGCAGCGGUAUAUAUAGGGCGAGUAAUUUUUGAAAUAACGGUUGACAAUACAAUAUCAUAUGCUUAAUUUAAAAUAAGAUGUAUCGUAAGGGAAUAUGAGUGCUAUUAGUCUGAUGUCAUAGCGUAUUAACCAAUUUUCGGCGUCUGUUGAUUGGUUUUUUAUACUUGUCAUUUGUGAAAAAAAAUCAUUAUUUUAAAAUAUAUCUAGUCAUGAUACAGAAUUUGCAACUAUAUUUUUACAUUGUUGUCUAAAAUGUUCUUCUUUCAUUGUAUCUCUCUGAUGUCAAACGAUUAUACAAUCUUAUACAUAUUAUUCGAUAUAUACAAUGUUUGAUAUUAGUGUAUCUGAAAUUUUAUAUCUAAAUAUUUAUACUUAGAUCGUACCCAGGUGUCGUCCCUCGCCCUAUGUAAGUGCUUGAUUUAUGUAGUAAUAGACAAGCUUUCAUUAUUUUUAACCUAUUUUAUUGUUGUAUUUACUUUUGUUAAUUUAUUUUUAAUGCACAAAUGUUUUAUUUGUUUGUUGACACCUCGACAUAUAAUGAUGUAACAUUUAUAGCUAUUGUUUAAAAAUCAUCACAUUUAAUAAAAUAAUCUUUCUAUUUGAAA